AAUGGUCGUCUGCGUCACGCACGGGUGACAGUGUGUGACGGGAGUGUAGCGACACGACUGAACACGAACACACACACCUCCGCCAUUCCCACUCCGGCAACAUCAUGGGCGGCAGACAGUACUGUAUGCUUAUCUUCAUCUUGUUCAUCCUGCUGGCGGCGUUUGGACUCAACAUAGUGGGUAUACUGACCGACAACUGGUAUGAGGUGAAGACGACCGACCCCAGCCUCAACAGCACGACGAAACAUGCGUGGAACUACCACUACGGCAUGUGGCGGCGGUGUUUCGACACCAUCCCCGAAGGCAUUCCAAUAACGGAGAGGUCCGGGAAGUGUAUUACCACGUACAGAGAUCUGAUCAAGCGGAACGAAGACGCGUUGACAAACGAUGAAAGGAUUAAACUUCAUGUCUCACGAGCGCACGUGGCCUUUGCUAUCGUCUGUGGAGCUGCAGAGUUAUCUGCCCUGAUUGUCCUGCUGUGCGGAAUGUGGCCCGGGAACUGUCGGCGGGUCCUGAAAGGAGGCUUGUUCCUGACAACAUCUCUCAUCCUGUUCUUUGCAACAAUAUGUGGUAUUACUAGCGGCAUCUGUUUUAUCGCCUUGAGAGAUCUGGACCAAUCACGUUACGCCAUUUACCCCGACGGAGUGACGUCAAACUACACGUGGUCAUUCAUGAUUCAUUGGAUUGGAACCGGACUCUGCUUAGUGGACAGUUUUAUUCUGCUGUGCUUGAUCAGAAGGACAUACGAUGACGUCACAGAAUUAGGCGCUUAUUCAGCAUACCACACCAUGUAGCAAUCUAUUGCAUCAACAAAAAGAACAGCAAUUGAAUUUUUUUCAUUCUUCAAAGUAUCAUCUGGCAAUACACAAUGGGCGGGAUUUACCACGCUGUUUCUGUCAUACAUGCGUGUAACUGCAUACAUUUACUAUGCAUAAACACUUGCGUUCAAGAAAAACAGGCUUCAUUAAUUCGGCGCACUGUUUUAAAAACCAAACAGGAAGAUAACUAUAGAACGUUGUAGUGCACUCGUACUUGAGCUGUGUGUUAGAGCUCGGUGUUGGGGCAUCGCUCUUAACAGUACCAUUUGCUAGACAUGUGAAAAUUAUAAUAAUGGCUCGAGAAUUCCUGAUUAAGAUGAAAAUGGUAACAAUAUUUCACAAAUGUUCCCCUUUGACUAUAGCUUGUCUCAUGUCACACGAAUAACAAAGGUCACUAGCACGCUCAGGCGCGUGUUCAGGAAAUUGUUUUAAGGGUGGGGGUUAGACUAUCUUGACUGGAGAGCGAAGGUUUUAGGAGAGUCGGGUAAUGAAUCACUGAAAAAUACAUUAAAAACCCCCAUUGUUUUGGAGCAGGGGUAGGGUUUCGACGAUCAUUACCACCCAAUUCCACUCCACCGCCCACCACCCGCAAGUGAGGCCGACAUUGCUUAAAAUCGGCAGUUUCUAGUUUAGUACAAGACUUGCUAUUUAAACUGACGCUUAGCAAGCCUUGAUGUCUAAAGCCUAUUUGGUGAAACUGUAGCAAAUUGGAAUGUCCAAAGAUUUUCUAGUUUAACUGUAUCACUCGGUGGUGUUCAGAGGUUCUUCGCUUAAUCUUUAAACUGAUAUCGCCAUAUUUUGCAACCAGACUGUAAUAUUCAAGGUAUCAAUAAACCAGUGCCAUGCUAACGUUCACAUACUUUUAGAGAACUGUAUUUUUAUGCAUAAUAGAUUUUUGUUUUGUUUUUAAAUGGUACGUACAUGUAUAAAUAGGAAUUAUGAAAUUUAGAAAUUUGAAGCAGGUUUUUAAUCAAACUUUUAUUUUGGAUGUUGGAUUGGAAAUACCAUUUUCAUUUUCUCCUUAAAAAUUAGUUAAACGCAAUAUAUAUUGCCACCAGUCUACAAUGUACUUAAAAGUUUAACACAUUUUAACAUUUUGAAAGCCUCUUUAUACCCUGACCCAGAUGUUACAAAAAGCUCAUUAGCCUAUAAACACUGAUAUGCUAAGAAGUCAAACAAAUUUAUAAUCAAACUGUGUGACACACUACAUGCUUCACAACAACUACUUAUCAAGCUGUGAUAUUCUAAUAACGUCAAACUAAUAAGGUAGGGCAAUUAGUGUGUUGUCGGCAAUGGGUAUAUCUAGAGAAAAUAAAAUGGAAUUCUUUGAACUGGUUCCCAAAGUGAAUCUGUCACUAUUUGAACUGGAUAUGUGUGUCUCGACUACGACGACUCGGUAAGUAUGCGAUAACAUCAAAAGGCUUACCACCAACCAAACUAUGUGGCAGCCGAAUAACUUGCAUAAUACAGAAGAUAAGUUAAGAAGGAUGUGCGGGUGUUUGCUUUGUAUACGUAUUUCGCUACUCAGUACAUCGCUAUAUAUUCGUAUAUGUACUAAUAGAAAUGUAAUGCUGUAUAUAGGUUUAAGUAUUAUUGUGUACUUUUUUCUUAUUUUGGUAAUUCCAUUUCCAUUACAGUUUCACAACAACCAAUGUAUUUUGUAUAUACGUGAGAUGUAACAUAGAUUAUUAGUUUGGUUUUUAAUUGAUAUCUCAGCAAUAUGUACAGCAAUAUCCAAUUAUGUUAUUAGUAAAACAAAUCUUUUGGUUUUACUGAACGCUCAAAAUAUGUCUGUACAUCACGAUGAUUUUUGUCUCGGCAAUAGUUUUCAUAGAAAUAGAUUUUUAUAUUGAUGUACUAUUUUGUUUUAUGAAUUAUUUAUGUAACAGAGAUGUAUAAAAUAUAGUAUUGUAUGUAACAUGCAUUAAAGCAUCGACGCCAUUAGGAAGUUAAUGAACGUUUUUAAAAAUAAACAAAAACAAACAUA